AUGAACGCAGGAGGCAAGGUCUCGCAGUUCAAGCUCGUUCUCCUCGGACAGGCGGCAGUGGGCAAGUCCUCACUUGUGCUUCGGUUUGUCAAGAAUGAGUUUCAAGAGUAUCAAGAGUCGACCAUCGGUGCGGCGUUCUGCACAAAGACGCUUAAUCUGGAGGACUCGUCGGCCGUGAUCAAGUUUGAGAUCUGGGACACAGCCGGCCAGGAACGGUACGAGUCGCUGGCGCCGAUGUACUACCGUGGCGCUCACGCUGCCGUUGUUGUCUUUGACAUCACCGACGCCGAGUCGUUUGACAAGGCGCAAAAGUGGAUCCGCGACCUCAACCGGCAGGCCAAUCAGAACAUUGUCAUCUGCCUCGUUGGCAACAAGAUCGACCGUGACGACGAGCGCGUCGUCUCCACCGACCAGGCUGCCGGCUACGCCGAGGAGAACGACCUGCUCUACGUCGAGGCGUCGGCAAAGUCGGGCACCAACGUGACGGAGGUGUUCCAGGCCAUUGCCGCAAAGCUCCCCACCGCACCCAAGGAGCCCGCGCCCUCGGGCGUCGUCGAGCACCUCGACGAGGACCCCUCGGCCGGCCAGAAGAAGGGCUGUGUCAAUGUUGCCCAUACCUCGGGUGCUCCAGGCGUGCUUUCAUCGCCUGUCUUGUAUGAUCUCCUGCAGGAUGCUUGGGACCAAGACGCGCUCUACCCCAAUGAGAGGCUCUUUCUCCACAUCCAGCAAUCUGGCUCAAACUGCGCCACAGGCGACUGCUCCAUCCCGGUCUCUACCCUUCCUACUCUCACCAUCGCCUACUACGAGGUUUGUCCCCUCGUCGAUCUUGGCCCUGGCACCGUCACUCCGCAUCCGGCCACAUCCGCCGCGUAUGCCCCCGUCGGCGAUACGCUCAGCCUCACCUGCAAUGCUGGUAUGACGUUGUACAACGCCGACGGCUCCAAUAAGCUCGAGCCGGGCUACGCUUGCCUCACUCCGGGUGCACCGUGCACCACGUGCGUGCACCCCAAUGGUAUGGACUGCGCAGGUGUGUGUAACGGCGUCGCUGCCCUCGACUCGUGCCGUGUCUGUGCCGGCGGGACGACUGGCCGGUCGGCCAACGCCGAUCGCGACGAAUGUGGGGUGUGCUUUGGCGGCAACGCCGCCAAGGACGAUUGCGGCUUGUGCUUUGGAGACAAUGCUGCCAAGGACAGCUGCGGCGUCUGCUUUGGCUCUAACGCCACAUGUGCCGGCUGCGACGGAAUUCCUAACUCGGGCGCUGUCCGCGAUGUAUGCGGCGUGUGCGGAGGCGACAGCUCGUCCUGCCUUGGGUGCGACGGCAUCCCGAUUCCCUUGGGCGGCGCCCAUUUCGACGCCUGUGGCGAUUGCGGCGGCAACGCCACUGUAUGCUACGUCGGCUGCGACGGCGUCUACGGCUCGGGCAUCCACUACGACUGCCACGGCGUGUGCGGCGGCAACGCCACCAUCGACGAUUGCGGCAUGUGCACCGGCGGCAACGUUUCAACCCCACUCCCGUUCAACUACCACCUCGACUCGUGCGGCGUGUGCUUUGACCAGGACCUGACCUGCACCGCCUGUGCCUCUGGCGUCCUCGAUGCCUGCGGCGUGUGCGACGGCGACAACUCGACAUGCGUCGGCUGCGAUGGGACUCUUGUCUCGGACGGCGGUGCUCUCUUUGAUCUCUGUGGCGUAUGUGGCGGCGACGGUACGUCGUGCAUCAUGGGCUGCGACGGGGUCCUCGGCUCGUCCGCCACCUACGACUGCACCGGGACUUGCAGCGGCACCGCCACCGUCGACGACUGCAAUGUGUGCGCCGGCGGCAGCUCGCUCGUCCCCACCCCUGGCUUUUUCAAGGAUGACUGUGGCGUUUGCUUCCGCGGAAACGCCGACGUUGACAGUUGCGGCGUGUGCUUUGGUGGCGACGCCGACCGCGAUGUAUGCGGGGUGUGUGGCGGAGGCGGUGCGGCGCUCGACACCUGCGGCGUCUGCUUUGGUACCAACCUUGCCAUGGACGAGUGCGGCGUGUGCUACGGCAACAACAGCUUGUGCGCCAGCUGCGACGGCAUUCCCAACUCGGGCCGGGUUGUCGACGCCUGCGGCGCGUGUACCUACCCGGCCCUGCCGUCAACCUGUGCCCUGGGCUCGCGCUCUUCGAGCGAAUCGACCAUGCUCUCGCCACUAGUCAUUGUCGGUGCGGCGUGCUCGUUUGUCCUCCUUGUGGGGGUGGUCGUUGCCCUGGCGGCGCUCGCGUCGCGAAUGCGGCGGUCGUCAGCGGUAGCCGCCUACGCCGCCUCGCUCGCCGACGAUGCGCCGUCGGGUGAGAUCUUUAUCGUAUCGACGGACAUCGAGUCGUCGUCGAUGCUGUGGGAGCUGAACCCAGAGUCGAUGGACGACGUGCUCGAGCGGCACAACGCUGUUCUGGAAAACUGCGGCCGCAUGUGCGGCGGACACUUGUUCUCGACCGAGGGCGAUGCGUUCUACUAUGCUUUUGCCUCGCUCGAGCAUGCGCUCUCAUUUGCGGUUUCUGUUCAGCUCGAGCUGCUUGCUAUCUCGUGGCCGAUCUGGCUCCUCGAUGCCAUGCCCGACCCGUCGUCUGACGGCUCGGCCGCGCUCUGGAACGGGCUCCGGGUCCGCAUCGGCAUUCACUUUGGCCGUGCCUCGGCCACCUACAACAUUCGCGCCGCACGCAAAGAGUACUUUGGCGGGACCGUUCACCGCACCACAGCUGUCACCGACCUCGCUCUUGGCGGGCAGAUCCUCGUCACCCGCGAGGUCAUCGCCCAGUGGCUCCGCAUCCUCACCGCCAAAGACUCUGGAUCCGUGCCGGAUGUUGUCCUCCUCCCACUCGCCCGCGUGGCCCUCCCGGGCUUUACUGACCCGAUCGAGGUCUGGGAGCUCCUCCCACGUUCGCUUGCCGGUCGAACCCGCGUUUUUCCGCGCUCGCGCAUUCUCCAACGCGUCCGCUCGGUAGUUUGGCUCGACGAGGGCGACACCAUCGACUCGCUUGUUGCCUCCAACUCGCUCCCGGACUCGCUGCUCAACCCGAUGGCUGCCCUCGCCGAACGCUCGUCGGCUUUACUCACCGCGCCGCACACACAAGCAACCACGUCGACGCCGACAAACGGCUCGGAAAUCUUUGGCCUCCCGCAUACCUCGACAACGCUCUCGGUGCCCGGCCUCGGCGUCCGGUCCUCCGAAUCGUCAGCCUCAAUCUACCGCCAACCGCUCCGCGGGCCGUCGACCUUUGACCUUGAGGAGCUCGUUCGCUCGGCCUCGGCUGCGUCGUCGAAGCGCUCCCGCCGUCGCCUCCGCAACGCUGCGAUGGCCUCAGCCUCGCAGCGCCGUGGCUCGGGUCAAACCCGUAAGAAGUCCCGUGUCCGUCGCGCCUCGGUUGUCUCGGCUAGGGCGUCGGGCGAGUCUGUCGCCUCGCUCACCGAGCGCGAGGCCUCCCCGGCCGGCAUGCUCCGCUCGCGCAUCUACGCCCAGUCGCGCGACGAGCUCCUUCCCGAGCGCCACCCGCUCACCGCAACCGCAUCGAUUGUCGAGUCCUCCCCCGCUUUGCGUGCCACCUCUGCCGGCUUCGCCAACCAUGACGUGGCCUCUGACAACAGCGACACCGACACCGACGAGCUUUCCGGCAACUUGACCACCGAGCGCUCGUCGCCCAACACUCGCAAGCGCAACACCCGCCUCGUCCGCUCAGUCCGCCGCAAGCGCAAGAUCCGGUCUGUCACCGGCAGCCGUAAGGCUGGCGAUGGCGCCCCCUCUCGCGCCGCCCGCGCCACUACGAGCUCGGUCGCUGACAAUGCCACCAGCAUGCGGCGCACCGUUCGGUCUGCCGCCAGUUCCCGGUUCUCGGUCCACAGCGCGAGCCAGUCGCGCCGCGGCUCGCUCGCCCAGCUCCAUUCCCGCAUUCGCCCUGCUACCUCGACCGAGGCCACCGCCCCGGCCCUCUCUGCCCUCCUCGCACCCGCUGACUCGGCCGAGGCCAAGACCCGCGGCGUUGACUCUGAUCUGAGCCUCUAGGGUUCAAUUGACCACGAAACUCGCGGGCCGAGCGAGCGCGGCGUGUGUGCAGCGAGUGGUUGUCACGCAAAGGGGAGGCAGGUAUGGCCCAAGAUUGUUACGGCAUGCAAGCAGCGACCAUCGUACGCCACGCCCAAUAUGCCCCUGUUUCCAACCAUUGAAGCUAGCCCACCGCCA